AUGGCUUACGCAGACUACGACCAGAUGAUGAAUCUCACCGAGGAAUUUAUCAGUGGACUGGUCUUAGAACUGAUCGGUGGCUAUGCGAUUGAAUAUCAUCCCCAUGGACCGGAAAAAGAUGCCGUCCUUGAUGACUUGGUGAAGUCGUUACGCCUGGAUUGCCCAGCACCUCGAACGGCGCCGCGGCUGUUGGACAAGCUUUGUGGCCACUUCAUUGAGGAUCACAUUGUGAACCCCACCUUCAUCAUUGAGCACCCUCAGGUGAUGAGUCCAUUGGCCAAGUGGCAUCGCAGCAAGGAAGGUCUGACAGAGCGCUUUGAGAUGUUUGUGAUGGGCAAGGAGCUCUGUAAUGCCUACACUGAGCUGAACGAUCCUGAACGGCAGCUGGCUUGUUUCCAGGACCAAGCCGUGGCAAAGAGCCAAGGUGAUGAGGAGGCGCAAAACGUGGAUCAAGGCUUCGUUAUCGCAUUGGAACAUGGCCUGCCACCCACUGGCGGCUGCGGUUGUGGCAUCGAUCGCUUGGUCAUGCUGCUGGCAGAUAAAAACAACAUCAAGGAGGUUAUUCUUUUUCCAGCAAUGAAGCCACAACCCACAGAUUGA